AUGCCAGUUGGCGUCGGCGAUGAGACGACCCCUGGCUUCGCGAUGCCCGCCCAGGCAGGAGAGAUGGUCGAGUUCGACCUGAGCAAGGAGUCUAUCGAGCCGGUCGAGGACGUCGUGCCCCAGGGCCCCCCAGGAAGUGUGCUUGAGAUCAAGUACCUGCACGAGAUCCACGACGUCUUCAAGAACCAAUGGACGAUCCGCCCAGCGCCAGCACAGACGGAGGACGGGCAAGGUGGUAGCAGGAACGAUGCGCAGAAGUACAACGUGUACGCGUUCGCGGUGAUCCGCAAGUUCAACCACAGCCAGGACGGGAAGACGAACACGUUCAACGUCACGACGGUGCUCCAGAUCAACUCCCCCGAGCUGAUCAAGGUCGGCCAAGAUGUCAUCGGGCACGUGCAGGGCAUCUCCUGGACAGCUAAGCCGCUCCGAAUUGAUCCGAAUACCCUCCUCGCAUGGUUCCCGGAGCUGCAAGCCUUCGCCGACGACCUCACGGGCAAAGUGGCGAACGAACCCGAGGACUCCCCGCUCCGCACCACCCACCAGCACCUCUCGCAUCUCCUCGGCUAUCUCAAGGACACGUACGGCAGCACGCUCGACAACCUCUCCUCCCUCCUCAAGCACGACGAGAUCACGUUCGACCUCCUCUGGUCGCUCUUCGUCCCCGGCAAGACCACGCUCUACACGCUCUGUCCGAUCACGUCCGAGCCGCGGUGCGUGCGCCUCGUUCACUCAGAGCUCUGCCAGAAAGCGGACAACCAGGCGCCCGUGUCCGCGGCAUACGACCCAACGGGGCUGCUCACGUCUAAGCACUCUCAGGAGCAGCAGAUGCAGUACUUCUGGCGCCUCGUCGUCGAGUACGUCGAGGUCGACAUUGGGGCGCCCGCGGACAACCUGGGCGAGCUCGGCACGGGCGCGAACGCGCGGGCGGGCCAGAAGACGAGCUUUGGGUACGCGGGGCUGGGCAGGGUGAUCGACGUGCCGCGGUUCAAGGGCGCGAAGAGGAUCCCGUCGCUGAUCGCAUACCCCAUCCAGCACUACCCCGGGCCUGGGGGCGUGGAGGGCUUGAAGCAGCGUCUGAUUGAGCGCGGGAAGAAGUGGGCGUCGCUAGCGGGUGGCAUGCAUCACGUCGCGUAUCGCGGACUUGCGUUCAGGUUCAAAGAGACUCACCACAUCAAAGCCUCUGUGAACUCGAGGAUCAUGAUUGACCGGAAAACCUUUGCCGACACGGUGCCCAAUUAUCCGAUGCUCCCCCGCGUGACCAAGAACCUCGCUGGCCAGGAUAUUGAUAGGCAUGCUCAGCGCGCGAAUGCCAUAAUCGUCCCAGACACCAGUGCAGAUCGGGAGCUAACGGAGGAGGAGCUCCUGCUCACGUCGCCAAUCGUGUAUGGGUUCAGUUUCGCAGACAAGCAGUGGUUCGAGUUCAUUGUCGAGCGAGUGGAGCACUUCACCUGGAACGACGAGGCUUUUGAGCAGCUGGUCAUCCCAGCGAAGCACAAACAAGUCCUGAGGACGCUUGUCGAGUCGCAUAAUGCGGGCGCGUCGAAGAAGUUUGAUGACUUCGUCACAGGCAAAGGACAUGGUCUGGUCAUCAACCUCUUCGGCAACCCGGGGACGGGCAAGAGCCUGACCGCCGAAGCGAUGAGCGAAUACGUGCGAAAACCACUGUAUGUCGUGGGCGCAGCGGACCUGGGUACCCACGCCGAAGCACUGGACAAUAACCUCACCAUCAUCCUGAAGGUGUCGGCGAUCUGGGGUGCUGUCGUGCUCAUCGAUGAAGCGGAUGUCUUCCUCGAGGAACGUACCUUAGCUCAUCUGGAGCGGAACGCCAUGGUCGCGGUCUUCCUCCGGCAGCUGGAAUACUUCCGCGGCAUCCUCUUCCUCACGACAAACAGAGUCCGCGUAUUCGAUGAGGCGUUCCAAUCCCGUAUACACGUUUCGCUCCGAUACGCGGACCUCUCGUCGGAUGCGAAACGCCAGAUCUGGCUCGCGUUCCUCAAGCGCGUCAAUGGCAACCUGCCCAACGGUGGGAUCUCGCAUGACGAGCUGCGCUCGCUCGGGGAGAAGAAGGUCAACGGGCGGCAGAUCAAGAAUAUCGUCAAGACUGCGGGGGCGCUGGCACAAGGUCGACAAGAGAAGCUCGGUUUCGCGCAUCUCGAGCAGGUGUUAGACUUGAUGGAGCAGUUCGAUACCGCGUAUGUCUUCAAUUUUGACCAAUGA